GGACCACCAGGCUACGUCGGACGAGAUGGACGCCCAAGAAGAGCACUCAACGAAACGAAGGAAUAGAAGAAGAAGCCGAGAAGAGGACGGACGACACCGAUUUCAGUGUCGCCACCAGACGGAGGAAGCGGGUGCGAGUUUCCUCCUCCGAAGAGAGAACCCAGGCAGCCAAAGAUGCCAGCUGCCACCAAGAAGAGUCCUAGAGCACCAGGACCCGGCCCCCAUGGCAGGAACAGGAGUUCCGCCAAUCAACAUCGAGGGCACCGCUGAUUGGUCAUCCUUGAGUAGGAUGAUGAACAGCAAGGGGAUUCAAUUCUCCAAAGCGAGGACGGCGGGUACCAGUGUGAAGGUAUUCACAAAUACACCAGCUGACUACCGUCAGCUAGUCGCACUGCUGGAAUCCAUCAAGCGGCCCUUCUUCACAUAUCAACUGAAGGAGGACAGGAUGGACCAGAGGGUCAUUCGUGGGCUCCGAGAGAUGUCAGUCAAUGACAUCAAAGAGGAUCUAGUGAGCCAAGGCAUCGCAGACGCCGGUUCAGCAGCUGACCUCAAGGACCACAAAGAAGCCACUUCCGCUCUUCCUCGUCAAGACGAAGAUGCCGGAAAAGCUUGCAGAGAUCCAGAGGCUGGCCAUGCUCACGAUAUGGACGCAAAGAAGCUAAACCACCAAUGCAAUCAAGUUGUCGACAAGAGAUGGCUUUCGCGCUUGGAAUUAGAGCCGAUCAGGCGAGGUGUUCGAAACUACAUAAGAGAAAUAGUUUUAGAGAACGCUCAAACACACUCAGAUGAUCAGUAG